AUGCUCGAAUGCAUCAAGGCGUAUUUACGCGUUUUAAAAUCAGAUGGUUUCGUGGUAUCUAAUUUCUUUUCUGAAGACGAAACUCAAUAUCGACAAACAUAUGCCAGAGCAUUAUUCAAACAUAUUUAUCGAGACAUAACUAAAGAUAAUUAUAUUGCUAUUGGACUUAACCAACAAGCACCAGCUCUCAACAGAAAUGAAUUACAAUUUAGAUUCAGAGCUCUUCAACAAAAUAAACUUUUAGCUGAUAUGAAUUGGAUUCAGAAAGUAAAACAUAUUCACAAUACCAAUGAUGAUAAAUGA